CUGAUCUGGCAGAUGGCCCGAGUUCCUCCAUGUUAAAGGCACUGCUAGUCUAUGGUUUGUGCUGCUAUGGCUUAAUGGGAUUUAAGACUCUUCAUUCAAAUGAAAUAUAUAUAGAAAACUGGGAUUAUUUUACAGGCUGUUAAUCUCUCUCUCUCUUUUUUUUUUUUUCAAAACUGAGCCUGCCCCACGGUUUUAGCAUUCGUGGAAAAGUGGAGCGACUGUGAGUGCUACAAUCAAUGAACGCUAGAGUGCAGGCGGCCUAUCAGCUCAGAGAGCCACAGAGAUGCCCUGUGGACCAUUUCACUAACGUGAAGCGUGCUCAGUGGAUUUGACUCACUUCAGCCCCGCUGCCGUGCCUGCCUUUCCAGAAGCGUUCCCAUCCUGCUCCACAACGACAGACACGAGGCUUCGCCAGAGCUUUUCCAUCACCGACAACUCACCGCUUCGGUGCCCUUUUCCAGCUUCAUCCCUUCAAGCUUUGGCUGCUUGCGACUCAGGAGCGAGGCUUUGGUACCGGUCUGCCUCAGCAUCCCGGAUCAUCCAGCUACUUGCCAGACAAAUAAAACUCUGGUGAAAACAAUUCUUCAAGCUACAGCAGAGGCGCUUCCGGUUCCUUAACUGAGCGUGCAGUUCAAAAAUCAGCGCUGCCACCUGAUUCCCACUACACAUCCCAUCAUGCCUCACUCCUUCCAGCAGAAAAAAGCUCAGCAAAUGCUCCUUCUGUGCCAAGGAGUGAACGGGAUGAGAAAAGACGGGGAAUCCGUGGUUUGGAAUCACCACAAGCAAAGUUUCCAGGAACUUGACAAAAUGGCUUGCGCAGCAGACAGCUGCAUACAGUUCACGCGCCAUGCAAGUGAUGUUCUGCUCAACCUGAACCGGCUGCGCAGUAGAGAUAUCCUCACAGAUGUCACUAUCCUGGUCAACAGGCAGCAGUUUCGUGCACACAAGACCGUUCUCAUGGCUUGCAGUGGGCUGUUUUACACGAUCUUCACUGACUCCCACAAGUGCAACCUUAGUGCUAUCAGUCUGGACCCAAAGGUGGACCCAGAGGGCUUUGCCAUCCUGCUAGAGUUUAUGUACACCUCCCGUCUCACACUAAAGGAGAGUCUGAUCAUGGCUAUCAUGAAUACAGCUAUCUACUUGCAGAUGGACCACGUUGUAGACACCUGCCACAGAUUCAUCAAAUCCAGUGAUCCGACUGUCAAGCUGCCUAGAGACGAGUUUCUGGUCAGUCCCUUGGUUUUACCUCAGGAUGUCCAUGCUUACAGAGCCCAUGAUGUUGUUGACAGUUUGCACAGCCGUGUAGCUCCGUUCAGGGACGGGAGACACUACGGUUCAAACAUGUUCAGCGGGGUCAGCACCCCCAGCAACUACCAUCUCUACGGGCAGUUUCCCAUGCCAGGAUUCCCCUUCCCUCUCUGCAAGCUGGCCGAUACCAAAAAUGCUUUUGCUGACCUCUCAAAGAGCAGCAUCCACCACAAGCACUGUCCUCCGCAUGACAGCGGCAUCAGGGCAGACUACAGCAGAGGCAUUGGCACAAACUCCUCCGGCAUCAUUCACUCCACCACCUAUGCUUCCAGGGAGGUAGUGAGAGACGAUGAGAUGAGGAAAGAGAGCCACGAGGGGGUCAGCCAGUCUGUCGGUUUCAGCACAAGGAAGCGUGCAUUUCCCAUGUUGUCCCUUGAGCACCAGAAAGACUUGGGCAAAGAGCACGCUCCUCAGGCCGAGGAAGAUCUCAUCCAUCAGCACUAUCCCCUGGGAAUCUCCACUGGACGCAAGAGCCUCAUGAGCAGCCCGCAGAGCCCCCUCAAAUCAGACUGCCAGCCCAACUCCCCGACAGAGUCCAGCAGCAGCAAGAACGCCAGCCUCUCCCAAGCUGCUGGAGCGCAAACGCCACAAGGCACGCAGGACCCCAAAGCUCGCAACUGGAAGAAGUACAAGUUCAUUGUGCUGAAUCAGAGUGCCAAGGAGGACAAGGUGGGGUUAAGGGAUCCUGGGCUUCACUCACCUCAACGCCUUGCCCUGCAACCCUACCUCCACCCCAACGACUCGGAGAACCUCGACCCACAAACGACGAGCAAGAGCAACAGCGAGGAUCUACCAGUACCCCAGGCUAGUCGCCUCAACAACAUCAUUAACAGUGCGCUUGAGGGGUCUCUGAGGAAUGGCGAUGGCCACCCUCCACACUACCUGAACCGCCUCACAUGCUCGUCCUGUGGCUCCCAGUCCCCGCAGCACUCGGAAGUCUGUCCCAACCACUCCAGGUCCCGUCUAUCAGAGGAAAUGUCAGAGCUUCAUUCAGAAUAUUCAGACUCCAGCUGUGAAAACGGCACGUUCUUCUGUAACGAAUGCGACUCCAAAUUUGCUGAAGACGAAGCUUUGAAACAACACAUGCUUCAAGUACACAGCGACAAGCCAUACAAGUGCGACCGCUGCCAGGCUGCUUUCCGCUACAAGGGCAACCUGGCCAGCCACAAGACUGUCCACACAGGAGAGAAGCCGUAUCGCUGUAAUAUCUGUGGUGCUCAGUUCAACAGACCAGCUAACCUCAAGACUCACACUCGCAUCCACUCAGGAGAGAAGCCAUACAAAUGUGAGACGUGUGGAGCUCGUUUUGUACAGGUUGCUCAUCUGCGCGCUCAUGUGCUGAUCCACACGGGCGAGAAGCCAUACCCAUGCGAGAUCUGUGGAACCCGCUUCCGUCACCUGCAGACGCUGAAGAGCCACCUCCGCAUACACACAGGCGAAAAGCCCUACCAUUGUGAAAAAUGCAACUUGCACUUCCGCCACAAGAGCCAGCUACGGCUGCAUCUUCGACAGAAGCACGGCGCCAUCACUAACACAAAGAUCCAGUACCGUAUGUCCACAGUAGACAUGCCCACUGACUUGACGAAAGCAUGCUGAGCCAGAUGAAGGAAGCAGCUUAAAGGAGGCAAUCUUGACCUUGGCAUUUAUGAACCCCAACUUGUACAAUCAUCCAAAAUUGUAGUGCCACACUGUGUUUAUUAGACAUGUAAAUUGGCUGCGUAUGCCAUUCUAAACGGGUUUCCACUACAUGUGAACGUAGAGCCACAUGGCGUCUUAGUCACUUUAUUGUUUCUAUAUAGAUAUAAAUAUAUAUAUGUAUGUGGGGAGUGUUUUUAAGCUUCGAAGGUACGUAUAUAAAAAGCUUUAUUUUGUUGAGAAGGAUGGAAUGUAAACAAUCAGUUUUUUUGAAAAAAACAGUAUUUUAUAUCAGAGAACUUACUUUUCUGAAAGUAUUGAAAAUUUUGACGGGUGGUACAUAUAUUUUAAGAUAAUGGGAUUUGCGGCUGUAUAGAGUUGUCUAUACAUGAUUUUUAUGUAGAUGUACGUACAUGUUGUCAAGUUGCCAUAUUCACGUGAGCGGGGAAUUAAAAAAUAAAUAAUUGGAUUUGGUGUAAAACAUAUCAGAUGUCUGCUGCUGUCUGAGGAUGUGCAUGAGGUACUCUCUAACCGGUGUCGGGUUCUGGCGUGCACGAAGUGGGCAACUGCAUAAAUAUUGUGACAUAUUGUGUAAUUAUAUCCGUAGGAUUGCUCUCUGCGGGCAGAGCCAAUCUAAGUGUUGAAAUGCAUUUCAAGGUACUGCUUUGUAACGACCAAGAAAAACAUUUUGCUUCAAAUGUAUUCGUAUAGGUGUGACUUCUGUUGGUUGAUUUGUUUUUCAUAAGUGAAGGUUUACAGUUUUGCUCAUUGUUCUAGAUCCUACGGUAAAAGUCGUGUAAAUGUCGAGGUUUUUUGUUUUUGUAGAUACACUGUGUAUUCAAUGUGCCUUUCUCUAUGGUGACUGAAUUCCUCUCCAUUCAGCCCAGCUCUGUUAAGGUACAACUCAAGGACGCCACUUGUCCUAGAUCCCUGUUUGUGUGUGAGCGUGUGAGUGUAUAUUUUUAAAUGCUCGUCACCAACCUUUGAACGUGCAGACUCAUCAUUGUAAAACUUCAGGACUUGUUUUCGGAUUGGAUUUUUUUUUUUUUUUUUUUUUUUAAACUGCAUUAAAAUUAUUGUACAACGUUAUAGAUGUAUGAAUGUAAAAUAAAGGUAUUGGAUUUCUAUGUAUUAACUCAAGAGUGAGCGCUUUAUUAUUUUCUUUCACUUUGUGUUCAUGAGGAAUGUCCCUCGAUCUACGGGCACAGAUUUGACUGGUGUUCCUGAAACACCAGGCUGAAAUUGGAUGGCGAGGGUGGCAGUAAACUUAAUCGAAAGUAUUCACCAUGGCUUUUUCACUCAGUUUUCAUGUAACAUUUCAAACGAUUGUACCUUCCACUCUGGUUACAGCCACAGACUCGAACAAAGAGAUUGAAGAGAUGAUUUCAACCUUGUUUUUGGCUUUUGAACUCUUCUAAAUAUCCGCGUAUUAUUAGGGUCGGCUCAGCCAGAUUUUUCCAUCUAAAACCAAGGAAAAAAUAAAAGCUGUCAAUAACUGAAACACUCAUUUACCCCUGACACUUUCACUGUUUAACCCUGAAAGUGAACAAGUCGCUGGAUGUUUCUGUGCUAUAGUCAUUUUUUUUUAAAGUUAAUUUCUGCCAUGAAUUCAUUAGUACUGUAUACCUCUCGUGCAAGCUUUUACUGGAAUUAGGCCAUUGGUGUUGGUGGUGCAAGGAUCAGAGGAAGCUGUGUGGGAAUAUGCUUUAAUUUUAUUGUAAUUUCCCAGUUGUAAUCACUACAGUUUGAUACUCCUGUGAAAAACAGCAGACGGACAGAAACAGACGUACUGCUGCAGAAGCUUGAUGCCCAAAAUGCUGAAGAAAACAGCAACAGCAUGAAGGAGAUCAGACAGGCCAACUCCUUUUUGCAUAAUUGUUUUUUUUGGUUUUUUUUAAAUGACCAUUAAUGACAUUUGAACAUCUCACAGCAUGAAAGUCAUUAAAGUAUUCUUCUGUAAAAUGUAACAGGCUCAUUUCAGUCAGCUCGGUAGCUGGAAGGACAGAUCACAGCCUGCAGUAGUUUAAUGUCUGCGACAUGGAGUAACAGAAACAAGCACCGGUACCCUGGAUGUUUGACCACUUUGAUUAUUCACUGGAAAAAAACUUCAAAAAUUUUGGCUUUAAAUUGUGCUGCUUUGAGUAGGUCUAAAUUUUUUUGGCUGCGGUUUUUAAAGCAGAGCUUAAAUGUGAUCGUCAGCCCUGAAAAUCUGACGUGUACACUCCAGU